AUGCUGGCUAGCAUCAUUUUAGAUCAAAACUUCCCGCAUUACACAAACCUGGACUACAUUUCCGGAAAAGUGUUUGUACAGACGCAGACCGCGACGACAGUCUCUAGCAUCGUAGUAAAGCUCGAGGGUGAAUCGAGGACAAGAUUGCUACCGCCCCCGACCCCAUCCGACGACAGGCAGAAGCCUCAAUUGGAGUUUCAUAAGGGUCAUUGCGGGUGUNUUCCCUUCAACAAUGCAUGCGAACCGUCGUCCAACUCUAAUCCGACCGUUACAUUCUUCGGAGGUCUCAAUGUGGAGAUGUACAAAUCACCGCAUAGCCAUGUCAAGAAGACAUUACCACCGACACUAGUAGGAUCUCCUGGCGAAGCCGAAAUCCGUUAUUAUGUCAAGGUAACUGUCAACCGACCCAGUCUCUUCAAGGAGAACGCUCGCGCCUAUGUCCCAUUCAAUUUCUGCCCAAUCGAGCCGCCACGUCCACCACCAUCGGAUGCCUUGGGAUAUGCACGACGUCGGCAUCAAUUCAACAUGAACAUGCCUUCCACACCCACGGCAAUUCCUAGCAAAUCCAAGAUGGCUUCUUUCUUCGGCGGCUCGAAGAAGCCCAGUGGAUCCACGUCAGGAAGCACGACACCAACAGCCCCGUUCAUAGCCGUCGACAUACGCUUACCAGAGCCUGCGAUCCUGACUUGUGCAAAACCAGUACCUGCCCGUCUCAUCGUCACAUGUUUGAACGGCAAAACUACUGCUUUGACACUCUUGUCUCUGCAGCUCGAAGUCGUGGCCAUCACCAAGAUCCGGGCGCAGAACGUCGGCAGGGUUGAGCGCAGCAGCUCAGUAUUGUUCUCUCGCAGCGGUAUGGCAGUCCCACUUCAAUUUGGUGACAGCGCAGCCAGAGAUGCAAUCGUACCCAAUGGCGGACAAAUCGAGUCAGAAGCUGAGAUCGACUCUCGAUACUGGGGCGAUAUACCUUUGCCUAACAUCGUACCACCCAGUUUCGAGACUUGCAACAUCACUCGCACGUAUGAGAUUGUCGCUCGCGUCGGUAUUCGCUAUGACGGCACUGCGUCAAUGCCUCAAACAACCACCAUAGACCUCCAUCUACCUGUCCAGAUUUUCUCAGGCAUUACUCCACCUCCUGAGCUUCUUGAAGCCAUGGCGAGGGCUCAAGCCCAGGGCUCAACUGAUGAUUCUUCUGCGCCGCCUGUACCACCUAGACCCAGUUACCCAGCAGACACCAAAUCUGCAUCUGGAGCACCGCCACUUCCAGCUCGUAAACCAGUUGCGUCUGCAGCGACAGCAGAGACCGCACAGGCACCAGUCCAGGCCGUACAGCACGUGGACCAUUCGGGCGAGGAGCCGCCUUAUGGCGACGCGCCACCUAGCUACGAAGAUGCCGUGGCUAUGGAAGUUCAGCCAAUGAGUGGAAUUCAGAGGGCCGAGUACGCACCGCCUGUCGUGGAUGAAGAUCCAUUGUUAAGCUCUGGUAGGGGCGAGAAGAGCGGAUGGCAUUGA